UUCGGGCCUGCGCUCGCCCUCUACAUCUUCACCAUCGCCACCGAGCCGUUGCGCAUCAUCUUCCUCAUCAUUGGAGCUUUCUUUUGGUUGGUGUCUCUACUCCUUUCCUCCCUUGUUUGGUUCUUAGCAGGAACCAUUACCGAGAACAAAGAUGGACCAGUACAAAAAUACCUGCUGAUGUUUGGAGUGUUAGUCUCAGUCUUUAUCCAAGAAGUGUUCCGGUUUGGAUAUUAUAAAAUUUUAAAAAAAGCCAGUGAAGGUUUGAAGAAUAUAAGCGCAGAUGAGACAGCACUGUCUAUGCGACUGCUGGCCUAUGUUUCUGGCUUGGGCUUUGGAAUCAUGAGUGGCGUGUUUUCCUUUGUCAAUACCUUGUCUGACUCCUUGGGGCCAGGCACGGUGGGCAUUCAUGGAGACUCUCCCCAGUUCUUCCUGGUUUCAGCUUUCAUGACGCUGGUAAUCAUAAUGCUACACUUGUUCUGGGGCAUUGUAUUUUUUGAUGGCUGUGAGAAGAAAAAGUGGUACGCCCUUCUUCUGGUUCUUCUAACCCAUCUGCUGGUUUCAACCCUGACCUUCAUAAAUCCUCAUUAUGGAAUAAGUCUAGUGUCAGUAUAUAUAAUCAUGGUGCUCAUGGGCAUCUGGGCGUUCUUUGCUGCUGGAGGCAGCUGCCGAAGCCUGAAACUAUGCCUGCUCUGCCAAGACAAGGACUUCCUCCUUUUCAGCCAGCGCUCCAGAUAACCUCCAAGAACCAGCACCUCUCAAACAGUAAGCUGCAUCUUUAGAGGAAGCACAACUGUGCCUUUUUCUAAAAAUCCCUUUUCCUGGUGGAAUUAAAAAAAACAAACUAUCUAGAUACGAUAUGGCUUUCAAGCAACAGCUCUCUGAAAGGGAUUCCUCAGUGGUGUGCAUCCUGGCUGCACGUGAGAAUCACCUGGGGAAUCAAAGACUACUGAUUUCUAGCUCCACCCUCCACACUUCAUUGGUCUGGGCAUUUGGUAAUUUUUUAAAAGCUUCCCAGAUGACUCCAAUGUGCAGCCGGAUUGAGAACCAUCAGUCUCCAAAUAGGAGUUUGCUCACAUCACCAUAAGUGAGUGAGAAUCAGAUGUUUAACCGUCUCCUAACUCUGCUUGUGCUGAGCAAGUAAAUAUCUGAACGUCAAAUCCCAGUUAGCCUUUGUCUUUUUAAGAUCUGAAGUCAUGAAAGGCUCAAGGGCUAUCCUCUCGGUGAACUGUUUUCAUGGACUUCACUAGUAUCCUGUUUUCUGAGAACAUGGUAGGCUGUGCUUCUAAAUGCAAUAAUAAAUUGCACUGGCUUACUAUGAUAAUUUAGCCAAAGUAAGCUAUUGAUUAAUCAGCUGUAUUUUUCUGUAGUUUUUCCAUCCUGGAAGUUGUUUUUGGAGUCAUUACAUUGUUUUUUGAGCAUAGAUUCACUUUCUUUAACUAAAAACCAAUUAUUUUCUGACUUCCUCGAAAGGUAUUAUAAAGCCAAGAAUUUUUGUAUAACUUCUAUGAAUCUUUCCUGGAUUUAAGGCUUUGCAUGGGCUCUGCCCCAAGGCAGUGUUUGCCAGCUGAGUGCUAGUUGCUGAGCUAGUUGAGGUGAAGUCCAUUGUUCUCUCUCUGAGCAGUUCCUCAGGCUGCUGAAUGAUGUACCCUGGGACAGGCUUCACUGGAGCUGGUGGAAGUUUACCUAAAGCAUGAGGAAAGCAAGCAAAUAGGGUGGUGUUGACACUUUUAACUUGCUGCUGUGAUACUAAACGCUUGCCCUCAAAUGGUGUAGUGUAAAAUUGGCAAUGUGUCUUAAACUGCCAAAUUCAUGCUUUUACUUAAUCCAUAUAAUCUUUAGAUCUAGUAAACGUUUCUGGGUUUUGGUAGCAGGCACAGCCUUCCCUCUAUAGGAAUACCUGAGGCGUUUGUUCACCUGCUAAACAAUGAUUUUGAUUCCCUUUAUAAAGAGGAAAUGCUAGUGAAUUGUGCCUUUCCUAACUAGAAAUUGUUCCCAGUUGAUGGCUUUUAGGGAGCUGAUGGUGUGAAAUAGAAAUUUCCUAGACUUAAAGUGAUAACCUCAGUGAAUCCCAUAUCUGCAGUAGAACAUCCAGAAGAAAUAGGAGCAGCAAUGACGGGGCUCACCAGUGACAUGACAGUGGAGGAAUUUGACAGUACUCUCAUGGGGAAUGGUAAUAAACAUGUUUAAAAUGGAAACAUGACCAGUAUUUUGGGCUAGCCACACAUUGUUCCAGGGACCAGAACCUUACACGUGAACUAGACCUUUAUCAGUGAAAUCCCCUCCCAUGUUUAAAUACUAGAAUUUCUCGGUCUAGGAAUUCAAGAGGAAUAGAGUUUCUGGCAAGGCUGUAAACACAAGCACUUGUGGGUUUUCCCCUAAAAUUUCCUUCAGCACCAAUACCAGUACUUCUGCUGGAGUUCACAAUUUUCCACCUUUAUACAAGAUUUUCCUUAGUCUAGAAGAGUCGUAGGAAGAGUCAAGGACAUAGGGACUGAAUAGUGAAAUAUACUGUGCAAAGAUGAGGGGAACAAGGUACCUAUUGAACUGGGCUUUAUUCCUAGUGGAACGUGGUGUUCUUUGAGGAACGGAAUAAGAAAAAUAUAUAGUUGGUUAUUAUGGUUGACUUACAACUCUCUUAAAUGGAUAGCUGAUAAAAUUUUGCUGAUCUGUAAAGUGUAGAAAACCCUGAGCAUAUUAAUAUUACUCAGACUUGAGCUCUGAGUAUGUCCUCUGUGCAUUAAGUUUAAUGUUAAGUAAAGAAGCUGAGAUAGUGUAAAAUCUCACUUAUAAAAAUUUCUCAGGUGAGGAGAAAAUUUUCUUUGGUGGUGAGACUAUUGUCUUAGUUCAGGAAAUUAUUUAAUGAUCUUUGAUUACCUAUGCAUAAAGAAACUUUGUAAUCCUGGUUUCUCUUAAAAUGUGAGCAUUGCCAUAGUCAGCUUAGGCACUAUUGUUACAAAUAGGCUUGCUUGGCCCCGUGCCAAGCAAGCCCAGAGGGGGAGUGUAGCCUUCCUCUGUUGCUGUAUAGAUAUUGACGUGCUAUUUUUUCCUCUUUCUCUCUUUUUUUUUUUUGCAUUUGUUAUCUAUAAUGGGCUUUCUGAGCCCUGAUAGUAUUUGGAGAGGAGAACGUGGUGUUGAUGUAUGCUCUCCCCCACACAGGGCUUUCUCAGUUUGGAGGGAAAUGUAGGUGUAGUUAAAGUUGACCUUGGAAUGUGAAUAUUGUUGUAGUGCUUGAAUAUGUUUCCAAGUAAAUAAGACCUUGGUUUUGUUGCUCUCUAAUAAAUUUGUAUUUAUUUUUAAUUCAUUUGAA